AUGGACGAAGCAACUAACGAAAAUGGUACCAACAGUAACAACUUGCUAGACGAUUCGGCUUUACUUGGAAUUGAUGAACCGUUGAAGCUUAAAACUAGGAAAAAGAUUGCCAGGAUCGAUGAAGAGAGACUCUUGCAUAACCCUCGAGGAUUGCCAUACUUGAUAAAGAAUCAACGAAGAUUACUUCGAAUUAUUGACAAACAUGACAAGGAAUUUUACAAACAAGAGAAGGAGAAAAUUUCCAUCCAGCCCAAUUACAAACCCUCAACUCAGCUCAAACACGAACAUGAGUACAAGAAUUUAGUGUCAAUUUUGCAAUUUUAUCAACUAUGGUGCCAUGGUAUGUUCCCCAAAGCAAACUUUAAAGAUUGCGCUUAUCUUAUCAGAUCUUUGGGUCACAAAUCCUCGCAGCUUCGUUUGUAUAGACGAGAGUUGAUUGAAAAGCAAAUUUACAAGCUAAAGGUAGCUAAAGGGAUUAUCGAUGAAAAUGAAAACGGUCAUCAAAUUAGCAAAGAAACACUGGCGGAGGAUAACAAUGCUUUACGUAUGGAAGAAGAUGGCGGUGUACUUGAACUUAGGCCCACAGCUGUAACUGCAGAUAACGACGAUGACGAUGUCGAGUGGGAUUUUAUGCGAGUUGGUACAACGACCAACGGUGAAAUACAAGGCAGGACAGAAACAACGGAGAUUGCAAAGAGUACAGCAGAUGACGCUUGGGAUGACUUGGAGGAUGACGACGUAGACGCAAUUUUUGAAAAAUCAACCAGAGCUGCUCCCAAGAUCUCAAACAAUGAAGAAUAUCAGUUUGAAGAAAACGAAGAAGAAGAAGAAGAUGAGGAACUUGCAAUGGAAUUAAUGCGACAAGUGGAUCCAUGA